AGGUUCUUCCAGUGCCAGCCGCCAAAACAAGGAAACACCUGCAAAGAAGAACGUCGUAGGAACAGGGGGGGCUGAAAGGAGAAUAGAAGGAAGGGUAGAGGGUUUUUGCCUUUUGAUUUCUGAGAUCUCAUAACGUUUUUUUGGCCUCGUUUUUUAUUUGCGUAUAGACGUUAGACACAUUUAGAUUUACUGCGCUUUUUCUUGGCGGCUGCAUCGCUUGGAGGCCUUUCUUUUUGUUGCAGCUCUCUGUGCUUUUUGUUCUUUUGUCGUCUCUGCUUCUUGGGCGAACGGACGUUCCAAAACAAACAAAAGCGUUGCUUACGGCGAUUCACUUGAGAAUAAACAAAGAAAAUAGAAGCAUUGCAUCGUCACGACGGGAGAGCCGAGCAUUGUUAAAAUGUCGUCACUUACACUGCCGCGACGCUCGAUGCCUCCCAACUCGCCAUAUCUGCCGACCUUUGGGAAUUUGGGACAUUCGACGUCGACAGCUGCCGACUUUCUGCGCAUGCAAAAGCCUUUACCAAGUCGACCAGAUGUUGUUACCGACGUUCCUAUUCCUCCACGCACAAAGUCAUCCCCGCGGCGCGCAGCUCUCCGCGAAGACCUUUACCAAGACCCAUCAUUGGAAGACGAGUUUGCGGCUGGCUUGAUCAAACUGCUGUCCGGUAGUGGUACGGCGGAUCAGAGGGACGGCGAUGCUCGUGCCAAACAAGCGCCUUCUGCCGUUCCACCGCGCAAAGCCUCCUUGAGCCAUGCGAUGGGUGUGUCGGUUUCGUUGACUGGAAGUCCUCAAGGAGAGGAGCCGCCAAUUCCGGGACGCGACAUGGCCGGGGCCUUGGAGCAAGAGCAGUACAUUAAAGUGAGCUCCAUCUAUCAGACCUUCUUCACUUCGGAACCUGAAGAGAUGGAGGAGAGUCGUUCCCAAACACUGUCGCGGACAAAUUCAAUGCAUGUCCAAAUGUGUGAUCUAAUGGAUAUGUAUAAUAUGGACGAGGCCACACCAAUACCUAGACUGGAAAGAAGCCUGACUACGGAGAGUGUGCGCAGUGAAUGGCCAACAAGCGACAACCAUGCUUCAAGGAAAAGCAGCAAGAGUUCAAAGAGCUCCAAGACGUCGUCGGAUAGAUCUGGAAGUUUAGGAAGACCCAAAUCACCAAAGCUUUUACCCAUUUUUGGAAAUGGUACCCUUGCUCGCACCUUGUCGCGGUCAAAGUCGCGAACAGUAGACACUCCUCGCACGUUGGCUGAACAAGGGCUGACGAAUCCGGAUCGGGAAGGUCAUCUUUUGUUCCGUGUUGACAGGGACAGUCCAUGGAAAAGACGUUGGUGCUUGUUGAAGAAUGAGCAUGUUUACGUGCUCAAAUCUCAAAUGGACAAUACCGUAAUGACCAUCAUCAUGCUCACCCCGGACCUCAUCGUGCUACCUGAUGACUCUGGUGGGAACAGCACGGGCACGACCAGCCGCUCCAACAAGGCACAAUACGCAUUUAAAAUCGUCACACCUCAACCGGGAACCGGCUCGCAUGCGAUUCCGUUCUACUUUGCAGCAGAAUCGAGAUUGGAUAUGUUAAUGUGGAUAGCGGAUUUGGUCAAGGUGGCUAACGGCGCACCCAUCAAAGCUCCUCGAACACUCAUUCCGAUACGGUCUGAAUGUCCAACACUAUCUCGUGACCCUUUGAUUUCCUUCUCGACACCCACCGAAAAUACGCAGUCUCAACCUUCUCAGAAGACGUCAGGUUCGAAUAAACGAUUCACCCUACAAAACCUGACACAAAAACUAAAACACCAAAAGCCGAUUCGAAAGCUUCGUUCUUUUUCGCUGGAUUCGAAAAAGGCGGCCGUUGAAUCUCAACCACCCUCGCCACCUCCCCCACCACUACCGAUCCAAAUGCAACUUCCACCCCAACCGGAACUCCCACCCAAUCCAAUGUCUCAGUCUUUGCCUCGUAAGAGCGACGAUAUAGUUUACAAAGAACCGCCCCGAUACCCAGCACCUACCACACCUCCUCCACCAGUUCCUCCGGAACGAACAAUUUCUCUCUCCCCAAUGAGUUUACCCGAGGUUAAAAGUAUGCGUUCUCCCGACACUCGACGUAGCGGUAUGAUUGUCACUUUUGAUUUCAACGGAAAUGGACGAUUUGGAAUAGGGGAAGACGGGGAUGCGUGGUAUUGGGACCCGGAUUCGCCUCCUGUUCCGCCUGUGCCUCAGGUCUAUGCGAAGGCCUAAGACGAUAGAUAGAGCGCAUUUCUUCUCGUGGACUUGCUCUGUAAGAUUAGCUUAUAGUUUGUCAGCAGUUUGGUGAUAUAUAUGUAUGUGCGGAAGGUGAUGGCAGGUGAGACUCGCUUUUUUGUAUAUACCCCCCUGUCUUGCCUUUGCCGCUUCCUUCCGUGUCCAUGUGUUAGUUGGGAGUUUUAUUGCAUGUAAUUUGUUUAAUGGUAGCUAGUAUUUGUGUGUCAUUCCUGGGAUUUUGUUCUAUCCCGUCAUUAUAUACUUUGGAUAAGUUACUGGA